CGGCGCAAUUUCACAUCAAAUGGACGCGUGUAUUUCAUCACGGGCAGCUUGUCUUUCUUGGUGAAAUUUUUCUUCUCUACGCGCUGCAAACCGUUCCGAUCGGCGUAAAACCACUGACCACAACUCCCGGAGCACUCCGGGCACGGAGUGGUGCUAAAGGCAGCUCGCGAAACGGUGCAUUCUUUGCAAGCGGAGGCUUUUUCCUACUGACCCUGGUCCGUGGUGCGUAGCUCUAGAGCGCUGCUGGGUAGCUACUGCCGUUGUUGCUGUGCUGUCAUCCUCGAUAGGUUCUCUUUUUAGCGGCAGAAAACGGCAUUUAAUUAGUGAACGGGGGAUACACAUAGAACGGCAGCAAGAUGAGUGGAGAUUCGAAGGCGCCAUUGCGCACGGUAAAGCGCGUCCAGUUCGGCAUCCUGUCGCCGGAUGAGAUCCGUCGGAUGUCGGUAACGGAGGGUGGCAUACAGUACGCGGAAACGAUGGAAGGCGGCCGGCCGAAGCUGUGCGGAUUGAUGGACCCCCGGCAAGGUGUGAUCGAACGCACAUCGCGCUGUCAGACGUGUGCGGGCAAUAUGACCGAAUGCCCGGGCCAUUUCGGACACAUCGAUCUAGCGAAACCGGUGUUUCACAUCGGGUUCAUCACGAAGACGAUCAAGAUUUUGCGCUGCGUGUGCUUUUACUGCUCCAAGAUGCUUGUUUCGCCGCAAAACCCAAAGAUCAAGGAGAUUGUGCUGAAAUCCAAAGGCCAGCCCCGCAAGCGCCUCGCGUACGUGUACGAUCUGUGCAAGGGCAAGAAAAUCUGCGAGGGCGGCGAGGAUAUGGACAUGUCGAAGGAACCCACGCCGGAGGGCACGAAGAAGCAGGGCCACGGAGGCUGCGGUCACUAUCAGCCUUCGAUCCGCCGUACCGGGCUGGAUUUGAUGGCCGAGUGGAAGGACGUGAACGAUGAGAAUCAGGAGAAAAAGAUCCAGGUAUCGGCGGAGCGAGUUUACGAAAUCCUGAAGCACAUUACUGACGAAGAAUGUUUCGUGCUCGGCAUGGAUCCAAAGUUUGCGCGCCCCGAUUGGAUGAUCAUCACGGUACUGCCGGUGCCACCGCUCGCGGUCCGCCCUGCCGUCGUUAUGUUCGGCGCCACCAAGAAUCAGGACGAUUUAACGCACAAGCUGUCCGACAUCAUCAAAGCGAACAACGAGCUGAAGAAGAACGAGGCAACCGGUGCGGCGGCCCACGUCAUUGCGGAAAACAUUAAGAUGCUCCAAUUCCACGUCGCGACGCUAGUGGACAACGAUAUGCCCGGUAUGCCGAAAGCGAUGCAGAAAAGCGGCAAGCCGCUGAAAGCGAUCAAAGCCCGCCUGAAGGGCAAGGAAGGUCGUAUUCGUGGUAAUUUGAUGGGAAAGCGUGUGGAUUUCUCCGCCCGUACCGUCAUUACGCCCGAUCCGAAUCUGCGCAUCGAUCAGGUGGGUGUGCCACGAUCCGUCGCGCAGAACAUGACCUUCCCCGAGCUGGUGACGCCGUUCAACAUCGAUCGGAUGCAGGAGCUGGUGCGCAGAGGCAACUCGCAGUACCCGGGCGCCAAGUACAUUGUGCGCGACAAUGGGGAGCGUAUCGAUUUGCGGUUCCACCCGAAGUCGUCCGACCUGCAUCUGCAGUGCGGUUACAAAGUCGAGCGCCAUCUGCGUGAUGACGAUCUGGUCAUCUUCAACCGUCAGCCCACGCUCCACAAAAUGAGUAUGAUGGGGCAUCGUGUGAAGGUGCUACCGUGGUCAACGUUCCGGAUGAAUCUGAGCUGCACCUCGCCGUACAAUGCCGAUUUCGAUGGCGACGAAAUGAACCUGCACGUACCGCAGUCGAUGGAAACGCGUGCCGAGAUCGAGAACAUUCACAUCACCCCUCGGCAGAUCAUUACGCCGCAGGCCAACAAACCCGUCAUGGGCAUUGUGCAGGAUACGCUGACGGCCGUGCGCAAGAUGACCAAACGUGAUGUGUUCAUCGAGAAGGAGCAAAUGAUGAAUUUGCUCAUGUUUCUGCCGACGUGGGACGGCAAAAUGCCGCAGCCCUGCAUUCUCAAGCCGAAACCGCUGUGGACGGGUAAACAGAUCUUUACGCUCAUCAUUCCGGGCAACGUGAACAUGAUCCGCACGCAUUCCACCCAUCCGGACGAGGAGGACGACGGGCCGUACAAGUGGAUUUCGCCCGGCGACACCAAGGUAAUGGUCGAGCACGGCGAUCUGAUUAUGGGCAUCCUUUGCAAGAAGACGCUCGGUACGUCGGCCGGUUCGCUGCUGCAUAUUGUGUUCCUGGAGCUGGGCCACGAAAUAGCCGGCCGGUUCUACGGUAACAUUCAGACGGUCGUCAACAACUGGUUGCUGCUGGAGGGCCACAGUAUCGGUAUCGGGGACACAAUUGCCGAUCCCCAGACGUACGCCGAAAUUCAGCGCGCAAUUAAGAAAGCCAAGGAGGACGUGAUAGGCGUGAUCCAGAAGGCGCACAACAUGGAACUGGAACCGACCCCGGGUAACACGCUGCGUCAGACCUUCGAGAACCAGGUAAACCGUAUCCUGAACGAUGCUCGAGACAAAACCGGUGGUUCGGCCAAGAAGUCGCUUACCGAGUACAACAAUCUGAAGGCAAUGGUCGUUUCCGGUUCGAAAGGUUCCAACAUUAACAUUUCUCAGGUUAUCGCUUGUGUCGGACAGCAAAACGUGGAGGGUAAGCGUAUUCCGUUCGGCUUCCGUAAACGCACCUUGCCCCACUUCAUUAAGGACGAUUACGGUCCCGAGUCGCGUGGUUUCGUAGAAAACUCGUACCUUGCCGGACUGACACCGACCGAGUUCUACUUCCACGCCAUGGGUGGUCGUGAAGGUCUGAUCGAUACCGCUGUCAAAACGGCGGAAACCGGUUACAUCCAGCGUCGUCUGAUCAAGGCUAUGGAGUCGGUAAUGGUAAACUACGAUGGAACGGUGCGUAACUCCGUCGGCCAGCUGAUUCAGCUGCGUUACGGCGAGGACGGGCUGUGCGGCGAAACGGUCGAGUUCCAGAAUUUGCCCACCAUUAAGCUGUCGAACAAGGUGUUCGAGAAGCGGUAUCGGUUCGAUCCGACGAACGAGCGAACGCUGCGAAGGAUCUUUAACGAGGACGUUAUCAAGGAGCUUACCGAAUCGUCCUCGGUCAUACAGGAGAUUGAGGCCGAGUAUGAGCAGCUGCUGCGCGAUCGAGAAGCACUGCGACAGAUCUUCCCGAACGGUGAUUCGAAGGUUGUGCUGCCCUGCAAUCUGCAGCGUAUGAUAUGGAACGUGCAGAAAAUUUUCCACAUCAACAAGCGCCUGCCGACGGAUCUGUCCCCGCUAAAGGUCAUUCAGGGUGUGCGAGAUCUCCUCCAGCGCUGUGUCAUUGUGGCCGGCACCGAUCGUCUGUCGAAGCAGGCCAACGAAAACGCAACCCUGCUGUUCCAGUGUCUGGUCCGCUCGACGCUCUGCACCAAGUACGUGGCGGAGGAGUUCCGUCUGAACAACGAAGCGUUUGAGUGGUUGAUUGGAGAAAUCGAGACGCGCUUCCAGCAGGCACAGGUCAACCCGGGCGAGAUGGUCGGUGCCCUGGCGGCGCAAUCGCUCGGCGAACCGGCCACCCAGAUGACGCUGAACACGUUCCACUUUGCCGGUGUGUCGUCCAAAAACGUAACGCUCGGUGUGCCACGUCUGAAGGAGAUUAUCAACAUUUCCAAACGUCCCAAGGCGCCUUCGCUGACCGUGUUCCUGACGGGCGGUGCGGCACGCGACGCAGAGAAGGCCAAGAAUGUGCUGUGUCGGCUGGAACACACGACACUGCGUAAGGUAACGGCCAACACGGCGAUUUACUACGAUCCCGAUCCGCAGCGCACGGUGAUCGCGGAAGAUCAGGAGUUUGUGAACGUGUACUACGAGAUGCCGGACUUCGACCCGACCCGCAUCUCCCCGUGGCUGCUCCGUAUCGAGCUGGACCGUAAGCGUAUGACGGACAAAAAGCUCACGAUGGAACAGAUCGCGGAGAAGAUCAACGCCGGGUUUGGGGACGAUUUGAACUGCAUUUUCAACGACGACAACGCGGACAAGCUUGUGCUGCGCAUCCGCAUCAUGAACGAGGACAACAAGUUCCAGGAAAGCGAAGAGGAAAACAUGGACAAGAUGGAGGACGACAUGUUCCUGCGGUGCAUCGAGGCGAACAUGCUGUCGGACAUGACGCUGCAGGGCAUCGAAGCGAUCGGCAAAGUGUACAUGCAUUUGCCGCAAACGGACGCGAAGAAGCGCAUCGUCAUUACGCCCGAGGGCGAGUUCAAGCCGAUCGGUGAAUGGUUGCUGGAAACGGACGGCACGUCCAUGAUGAAGGUGCUGAGCGAGCGGGACGUCGAUCCGGUGCGUACGUACAGUAACGACAUCUGUGAGAUUUUCUCCGUACUGGGCAUCGAGGCGGUGCGAAAGUCGGUCGAGAAGGAGAUGAACAACGUGCUGCAGUUCUACGGUUUGUACGUAAACUAUCGACAUUUGGCGCUGCUUUGCGACGUCAUGACGGCGAAGGGCCAUCUGAUGGCCAUCACCCGUCACGGUAUCAAUCGACAGGAUACGGGUGCGCUGAUGAGGUGUUCCUUCGAGGAGACGGUCGAUGUGUUGAACGAUGCAGCGGCGCACGCUGAGGUGGAUCCGAUGCGUGGUGUGUCGGAGAACAUCAUCCUGGGACAGUUGCCGCGGAUGGGCACGGGUUGCUUCGAUUUGCUGCUGGACGCGGAAAAGUGUAAACUGGGAAUGGAAAUUCCACACACGUCGAUCCUGGGCGGGACGGGAAUGUUCUUCGGCUCGGCUGCGACACCGAGCAUGACACCUUGGCAGCAAUCGGCCACCCCUGGGUACGGGGGCUGGUCUCCGUCUGGCCCGGCCAGUGGAAUGACGCCCGGUGGUCCAAGCUUCUCCCCGUCAGCACAGUCGGAUGCUUCCGGGAUGUCACCAUCGUCGUGGUCCCCAAUCCGUGGAUCACCGAGCUCGCCUGGACCGUCGAUGUCCCCGUAUCCACCAUCAUCGCCAUCGAUGUCGCCGUCGUACUCACCGAGCAGCCCCGGUUACGCUCCAAACUCACCAGGUGGAGCAUCCCCUUCGUACUCCCCGACCAGUCCCUGCUAUUCGCCACCGAGCCCGCAGUAUUCGCCGGGAAGCUCCAACUAUUCCCCGAGCAGUCCCAACAUUCACUCGGCCACGCAGAACUAUUCGCCGACAUCGCCCAGCUAUUCCCCGAUGUCGCCGAUGCAUCCGACGAGCACGUCCAACUUUGCCAGCCCGGGCUAUUCGCCAACAAGUCCCUUGUACUCCCCAACCUCACCCAGCUACUCACCUUCCUCGCCCGUCUUUUCCCCAACCAGCCCUUCCUACUCGCCCUCCAGCCCUUCGUACUCUCCCACAAGUCCUUCCUACUCCCCGACCAGUCCGUCCUACUCUCCCACAUCGCCCAACUUCACACCGGUCACUCCAUCGUACUCGCCAUCGAGUCCGAACUAUUCGCCCACCUCUCCACACUACUCUCCCGCUUCGCCCAGCUAUUCCCCUUCGUCCCCGAAGUAUUCGCCAACAUCGCCGAGCUAUUCGCCGACCUCUCCGUCGUACAUCGGAAGUCCUCACUACACACCGGCCAGUCCACAGUAUGGGCAAGCCAGCCCGAACUAUUCACCCACUUCGCCCAGCUAUUCGCCCUCGUCGCCACAGCACUCGCCGGGCAGUAGCAGCAAUCACUACAGCAUUGGAUCGUCCUCCUACUCGCAAACGCCGGCCCCGUACUCGCCCAACAUGUCCUCGUACUCGCCCAGCAGCCCGAAGUACUCGCCGACGAGCCCGGUCUACACGUCCAGCUCGCCGACGUACUCUCCCUCCUCACCGGCCUACUCACCAACGCCCCAGGGUUACAGUCCGUCGAGUCCUGCCAGCCCUACCUACUCACCGACCAGUCCCUCGUACGAUGAUAGCAACGAAGACUAAGACGGACAUCUUCACGGGACGUAACGUUGACAAUACGUUAACAUUUGCUACAUCUUUCCUGCUGUUGACAACGGUGUCUAUCGCGAUGUGAGCGACCGUGAAGAAACUCGUAUCUUAGAAAAGAGGAGAAAGGGAUUUUAUGUUUAUUUCAAUAACAAUGAUUAUUUAAUGAAUUUAAUAAUGUGUUAGCUUUGUAAUGAAACGCGUGACAUGGGGUACUGUUUGCUGUUUUUUACAAGAACAUACUACAAUAGAACUAUUUCUAGAGAUUGCGAUGGUACAUACCGGUAGGAAGCAGUGCCACGUGGUUCGGAGUAGGAAAUUGUAGCGGUGUACGGCAAGAAUGGAGAAUGUAAACUGUAAAUGGUAUUUUUAAGAACUUUAGAACCGUAGUACGAGAGUGUGCCCAAGCACACAUUAUUUCAAUAAAAUAUGAAUCGCGCCUGGCCGAGAGUUGAUUCACAAGA